UCAUAAUAUCAAGUCAAGCAGACGAUCUCAUUACGAUUGCGACGUAUUAUCGUUAAAAAAAAAAAAUAUAUAUAUAUAUAUAUAAAAAUAAAAAAAAAAAAAUAUCCCUUCUCUUUUUUUUCUUUGCGAAUUUUCUUUCAAGUGGUUUCUAUAUAUUUGUUUAAUUUUUUUCGUAUUUUUUUCCUUUCAUUAAUUUUUAUUCCCGUUGAAGAUCAGCCAAGGAAGAUUUUGUCUACGUCAAAAGAAGAUCAACGAGAUGAAUUCAUACAUUAUUGUCGCGUUCGUGUUCGGAAUGUUGACCGUGGCUUUAGCAUCGCCCAUACCUGGUCAUCAUGGCCAUUCUCAUCACGUGAUUCAUGUCCCGUAUCACGUUCACACGGUUCAUCAUCAUCACGUGAAAAAAAUUCACGUACCAGUUCAUCACGUUAAAAAGGUACCAGUGCCAGUACCAAUUCCAAUUCACCAUGUCGAAAAGGUUCAUGUACCAGUACCUGUAGUUGAAAAGGUUCAUGUACCUGUACCAGUAGUCGAAAAAGUUCAUGUACCUGUUCAUGUACCAGUUCACGAAGAAAAGUCUUGGUGGUAGAUCGAGUCUCAAAUGUUGUUAUUCAUUUGUUUUUGAUUCUUAGGUUAUAUAAUUUAAAAUAAUAAGGAGACGCGUUCUCUGAUCUUCGAAUAAUAAUAUAAGAAAAGAGAUAAGUGAACGUUCCGCCAGAAUACUCGUAGCCAGAAAUACUCAUCGAAGGAAAGAUCAGUACAAAAUAGAUAUCGAUUUAUCAAUAGGACAUAAAAAACCUUGGAUUAUUAUCAGGGGAUAGAUUAAGCGUGUGUUCGACAUGAAAAUUAAUCUAUGUACAUAUACUUUUGCGUUGUGUUAUUCUUAUAUACAAUUUUAUUUUUAU